GCAUCUCUUUUUUUUUUUUUUUAACGGGGGAGCGCUUUGUCAGCAGGUCAGGAGCUUCAUGUCGCUAUUGUCGAUUAAUAAUAGUUCCCUUUACCGCUGUUUUGCUAUUUGUCAGCGACCAAACAGAGUAGAAUCAGCAGGCUGUCACAGUUUAGCCGUCGUUACGUUUUAGUAUGAGCGAAGGAGAAGUGUUUCAUGAGAAGCAACGAUUGGAGCUGUGCGCGAUUCAUGCACUCAACAACGUGCUCCAGGAGCGGGUGUUCACCAAGGAGACAGCCGAUGACAUCUGCAAACGGCUGGCUCCACAGUGUGUGGUGAACCCUCAUCGCUCCGUGUUAGGCACAGGAAACUAUGACGUCAACGUCAUCAUGGCGGCACUACAGAGUCGGGACCUGGCUGCAGUGUGGUGGGACAAACGCAGGACGGUUCAGAGCCUUUGUAUGUCAAAGGUCCAGGGUUUUAUUCUCAAUGUCCCGUCACGAGUAUCUCUCGGGAUCGUGUCCCUCCCACUCCGAAGGCGGCACUGGCUAGCGGUUCGACAAGUUAACGGACAGUACUACAACCUGGACUCCAAACUGAAGAGUCCCGUCUGCAUCGGGGGAGAAGCAGAACUACGCACAUUUCUCAGCGAACAGCUUUCUCAGGACGUGGCAGAGAUGCUCCUGGUCGUCCGGCGGGAGGUGGAGGAGGACGGCUCGUGGCUGAACUCUGAAAACCCCAAGAAGUGAUGCCUUGGGACGAGACGUACCUUUACACAGCAUGGAAGAAAAAAAAAACAAAAAACUCCUCUGGGAUGAUGACAGACAUUUUUUUUUAAAAACCUCAUUACAGAAAACUUCUUCAGGGAAUGCACUAAAAUACAUUUAAUAUCUACACACAGAGGAAAUUCCAAAGAGGAGCAGAGGCGGCGUUUGCUCCUGAGACGAAGAACUGUUUCGAUUGUAACAGCUGUUAAAGCUUUUGUUCUGAUAUGACCCAUGUAUCUGCGUUGUCCUUCUCUUAGUUUUUUUUUGUUUUUAACACUGGGAAGGUGCAUCCAAGCUAUCAAGGAUCGAAGCAAACAUGUUUGAUGAGUUGUGACUGAACUUUCACUGUUUCGUGGUAGGAAGAUUUGCAGUGUUUGUGCAUGAAAAUACAUCCGCAAUAAGGAUAACUUGACUACUUUAAACAUCACCAAGAUGACAACGAUUUAACGGUCCGAGACUUUUAGGAUCAAGUCGCCAAAAUCGUAUCAGUAUGUCAGUCAGUUAUCGAGCAGCACCAUCUCUUUCCACGACUAUUUUUAUAAACCUUCUAUGCACUGCAGAGUUUGAUUUGUUAGCGCUGUUUGUGUUCGUGCGUGUUCACACAGGCAGAGGUACUGUGAAGGCAUCACUCAGUGAGGCGUUGAAGGACCACCAGUGUCUUUGCAUGUUUUCAUCCAUUUACUAAAACGUUUUCAUAGUGUGCCACAUUUUUUAAAAAAUGAAAAUGUGUUUUGUUUACCUCCAUGCUGCCUUUGUUUUCCUCUCAUGUAACUUUAGUGUUGAAAACAAAAAAAAAUCAGCUUGCAGAGAUUUGAAACAAGGUUAAGAUCAGUAAUCACGACAAAUAACGUGACCCUACUAUUGUUUUUGCCAAAGUUUUGUCAUUGAUGUGCGAUGAUGCGGCUGAAUCCACACAGUUAACAAAGCUUUGACGACAAAAAAGCAGGUGUGACCUGGUAUUAACGUGCAUUUGGAGUGAUCCAAUCACACGUGGACAGUGUCUGGGACAUAUCUGACCACAUAUCUUUUGUAGUGUAAACACGAAGGCCCCCUGAUGCAUCCUAAACCAGCACGCAACAGGAAAAUAACAGCAUCAGUGUAGGACGCAGUGGUUGUUUUGGUGAUAGCGUGCUAAUGCUCUAAAACUUGCCAAUUUUUAUUUCUAGUUGGACGAAGUGUUCAGAGACCGUCCAUCGGACGGACACGUGUUGAAUUCUGCCGACUGACACAACCACUAAUGUAACUAGCCAGCAUGCUACAGAGCAGCUCGCUAAAGUGAAGACGUAAUAACUGUGCGGGGCAGUUACGAAAUCUGAACACAAGUGGCAGCUGGAGACAAAUUAUAGGCACCAGUGUGAAUAGCGUCGAUGUGUCUCGGCUGUCCACUUGUGUUUGGGUCACCAAAAUGCAUGUUAAUACCAGGUCAAAAAAGGCUCUUUGUCCAUUUUAUCCCAGUUUCAAGUCUCAACAGGUUGAGUUUUUCACAGUUCUGUCAUGAGUGAAAGAAGUUAGAUCUUUUUUUUUUAAUCUAAAAGGUUGCAGGAAUAUAAAGUACACUAUUGCCGACAUGUGUAAAAUAACUCUGACAUGCAAAAACACUGGUUGUGUGACUGUAUGUAACCUUUACGUUUGUAUUUUGUCUCUCCUAUUGAUCUAUGCAUAUCCAAAAAAAAUCUGUCUCUGGUACACACUAGUGAUCAACUCACACUUAAACCUCAGAGCUCAGAGGUUCGUAAUAGUGAAACUUAUUUAUAUUAAACUUUGACCUCUUGUUUUAAGUAUGAA